AUGGACUCCAUAAACAUUUCACAAAGCCUUAGUAAAACAGCCAUACAACGCCUGUCAGAGUCGGUGUUUGUUGGACUAUGUCGUAAAGUGGGGACCUCACAACAGGUGGCCAUGAGGAGGGGUGUGAUGGACAUACAAGGCUUGGUGAAGAUUGAGGAAAACAAAAAAUUAAAAAUUGGUCAGAUGAUUAGUGGAAGUCGAGGAGAAGGAUUCAGACUGAAGACAUCAGAUACAGACAUUAUGAUAUGGCAAUAUUAUUUUCGUGUAAUUUGGGAAUUAUCUCAGUCUCGGUAUUACAACACAAACAGAAAAGGUAUGAUUCUCUGUGACUGUUCUGAUAGUCCGCCAGGAUUCACUCUCUUAUAUUUAUUGCCACCAGGCAGAAACACAGAACUCCAGAGAACUUAUGGACCAGGUACAAUGACAAGCGGGCAUUAUUUAUCCAGUUCUAAAUACUGCAAGGGGAUGUGUUCUGCAUUGAUGACACCAUUUAACCCUUCUCCACAUGGGCCCUGCAUGUGCUAGUGGAAAUUUUAUAGCCACAGAAUAUGAUUAUGCCCACUGUUUUAUUAGUGACUUUUGGCCUCCAUCUGCCUCCUCAUGGAUAGACAGAUGUCACUCAUGGCCCCAGCCGCAUAUUGUUGAUGAUAUAGUGAAAAAUGGAUGUCACUUUGUAGCAAUUGGACAUAAGCUAGGACAUCAUGAAAACAAUGAAUGGAGAAUUUCUUUCUCCCAAGCAGAACAAAAACUUGUGUAUGCAAUGAAGCACUGUGAAUUCGUAACUUACGGCUUGCUUAAAUUGUUCUUAAAAAAAUAAUGAACAAUGGACUAGAUAGUGAUGCUAAAUUAUUGUGUUCCUAUCAAAUGAAGACAGCAGUUUUAUGGGUGAUUCAACGGAACACAAUACCUCACUGGUGUCCACAAAAUCUCCUGGAGUGUUUCUGGGUUUGUUUCAAGCUCAUUCACAAGUAGGUGUAUGAGGGGGUCUGUCCUAACUUUUUCAUUCCCCAAAAUAAUAUGUUUCUGAGUAAAGUCCAUGGUGAAGCACAACAUCGACUAUUUGUAAGACUGUAUGGAUUGUAUGAGAAAGGUUUAACAUUCCUGCUACAUUAUAAGUCCCUCCAUUAAGCCUUGUAUUAUAAAUGUCCUUCACAACCCCCACGUCUCCAUUUGUACAGAUGACCAUACUCUGAUUUCUGAGAAAGACUUUGAUGCAGACCUAUUUUUGGAACUGCAUGACCUUGAUCUGUUACCUAUAUCAAAACCAAACAGCUGUAUACCAUAUCUUAAGUCAAUAGAACAUCUUAUAAGUUUACCUCUCAUAACAGUAUCAGAUUACCAUGUUACAAAGACUUGCAGCCUCUGUCUUUCAGGUACUUGCUUUUGUAAUGAACACAAAGGCGUGUGCUCCAAAAAACAAAAUGAUCUACAAAGCUGAUAAGAUGACCCGUCACAUGCUUAAGCUAUCAGAGAAGUUCGGUUGUAUUUCUGACAAACUGUUCAGAGCCAUGUAUUAUUACAAGACAUUUAGAUAUAGGGACGCUUUAUCCAUUUUAGUAGUAAUACGGGGCAAGUUAGCACAACCAUAUGUGAAGUUCAUGUAUAGCAUAAAAGCAGCAGAGAUGUACACUACGGCUUUAGGGGGUCAGUCUAUUUCUACGAAGAUGAGGGAGGCUGUAGCUUGGGAUAUCAAUCUUCACACUAGAUUCCAUUAUAUAAGUGAAUUGAUUCCAGAACAACAGUCUUGCCUACAAAAGAACUGGCACUACUUAACUAUAUCUAACUUCAUAUUAUCACUCAUGCUCGAGGUCUUGUGUUACAGACAUAUAGACCAAAGAAAAGCAAAAAUAUCUCUAGAUGUCUUCAAGUCUCUAGUUCACGGUCUUAAUCAGGAACAACAUAUACCUUCAUUUUACAGAGACAUAACGUGGCAGAUGUUAGGAAUAUGUCAGCAGGUGACAGGGAACCUACAGGAUGCUUUAUAUUCAUUCAAACAAGCUCUGCAACAAAAACAAUACAACAGAUUACAAUCGGCUACAGAAAUGAGAAUACAAGAGAUCUGUCGAUAAAAUCUCUGCAGAUUG